AUGGCAUCCAGCAAUCUUCGUUAUCUUUACUGGACGCCCUUCCAACAGCUCGCGCACCAUGCAUCCGCGGCGUGCGGUCUUGGCUCGGGAGACUUAAUCGGCACCGGAACGAUUUCUGGCGACGGCUCGACUGUCGGGCCACUCCAGCAUGUUGACUCUGGCGGAAAGAAGACCGAGCUGGGCUGUCUAUAUGAAGCAACCCAGGCAGGGUCAAAGGAUGUCGAGCUAGCCGACGGCACCCGCAUGCAGUACUUGCAGGACGGUGAUGAGAUAGUACUGAGAGGCUUCUGCGGGCAGCGAGAUGGUAACAGGCCCUACAUUGGUUUUGGUGAGUGCCGAGGAAUACUUCUGCCUGCACGUAAGCAGAAGGUAGGUUAG